AUGGGCUGGCCUUGGAGGUUUGUAGACCUGGACGAGGAGGCCAGGGCACUCAGGCGCGAGACCUUGGAUCGGUACGCCGCAUACUCGCAGCUGUCGGUCCUGAUCCCUGUUCUCGGCUUUGUCGGCUUCCAGCUCGCCCGCCGGGCUUAUCGCUACGUUUCCGCGAGCACAUUUGGUCGCAGCGCCGCUUACUCCAGCCUCCCGGCGGCCCCAAACUCGCCGUCGAUCAAGUCCCGCCGGCUGACUCCCUCGGGGGCGCUCGAAAUCCGACUCGGCGCGGUGAAAUGGUGGCUGGGCGAUGAGGUUUUUUUUCUGGGCAAGUACCGCGGCGAGCGCGAUGUCUGGGUCUUUGGUGGGCUGUGGACGGCCUGGCUGCUGCUGCUCUGCAUGCUCGGUACGGACGGCGACUACCUGCACCUUACUAAGAGGUUCGGCGUUGUCGCCGCUGCCCAGUUCCCCAUUCAGUAUCUUUUGGCCCUCAAGUUCCUCAACCCGUUUGCCCUGGCGUUUCGAGUCUCGCACGAGCAGAUCAACCGAUGGCAUAGGCUUCAGGGCCGCGUGGUAUACAUCUUACUGCUGCUGCACGUUAUCUGCUACGUCAACUAUUUUAUCCAGGUUGGAAUCCUGGUGCGCAGGCUAUUUGCGCCCGUCGUCUUUGCCGGAGUUGUUUCGUGGAUCGGCAUCAAUCUCAUGACCGCGACGGCUAUAGAUUUGGUUCGAAACUUUUCAUACCGUCUCUUCUUCAUUGUGCACCUGCUCGUAUCCUUCGCGCUACCGCCGCUCCUCUUUUACCACGCAAAACCAGCGCGCGUGUCCAUGGUGGCCGCAUUGGCGUUUAUCAUACUGGACAUUGUAGUCCGUAGACUCAAGACUAUUACUACAAAGGCAGCAUUCGAGCGCAUCCCAGGAACCAAUCUCAUCAAAGUCUCGGCGCCUCUGCCGCAGCGGAGCCAAGCGGACGAGUUUAACAACCAUCCCGGCUCCCACGUCUACGUUUCCAUACCGGCAGCCGCCCGGCCAGAUGCCGGCCCAACGUCCUCCUCAUGGAUCUACGAUUUUUGCUUGAACCCCUUUACGGUCGCCGACGUAGACGAGGCCACGGGCGAUUUGACCAUUGUCGCACGGCACAGAGGCGGUCCAAUGACGGCGGCGCUAGCACACUUCGCCAAGGGAAGCCAAAGUCUGCCGCCGACGCCCACUACGCCGAACCUGGACGCCGCAAGCAGAAGCGCCGGCUACAAAAUCCCCCUGAGUAUCGAGGGCCCCUACGGCGCGGCGCAGCACUUCCCCAAUCUGGCCGGCCCGGACUUUGACCGCGUCCUCAUGGUGACGGGCGGCGUGGGUGCGACUUUUCUCAUCCCCCUCUUCCGUGCGCUGUUGCACGAGAACCCGAACGCCAAGGUCGAGCUGAUCUGGGCGGUGCGCAGUCCCGACGAGGCCUCGUGGGCUGUGCAAGAGGGCAGCGGCGGCAACAUCUUGACCGACGACAGGGUACACCUUUUCAUGACUGGCGACGUCGUCGCCGACGACCCUGGAUCCACUCCGGCCGGGGGAUCAAGCCUGGCACCGUCCGGCAGCAGUAACAGCACCAGCGACAGGGCGGCGUCAGGGACCGCCGUGGAGAUGAAUCCGCUCUACAGGGACGGGAGGGGUGGCAGGUUUUCUGCGAUGAGCAACCGACGGCGACCCGACCUGCGCAAGAUCGUGGACGACAUUUUCAAGCACGGCAGCGAGGAGAGGGUCGCCGUGUUGGUGUGCGGGCCCGAGGAGAUGGCGAGGGAGCUGAGGGGCUAUGUGGGCGCUUGGGUGCAGCGAGGCAGGUCGGUCUGGUGGCACAACGAAGGCUUUGGGUGCAUGUCACAAACCACCCAAGACCAAAUCCUCGUCUUGGGCGCCGGUGAGCUGGGCGACGCCAUGCUGGACGCGCUCACCAGCUCCCCGCUCUACUCGCCGUCGCUGCACCGCAUCUCUGUCCUCAUCCGCCCCGAAACCAUUACCAGCACCGACGCAGCCAAGCAAGCGCGCGUCCGGGCGUACAAGGCAAAAGACAUUAGCCUGGUGGGGGGCGACUUGGUCGGCGCCGCAGAGGCGGACCUGGUCAGCAUCCUGGCGCCCUACACGACCGUCAUCCUCGCGAGCGGCAUGACGGCGCCGCCGGGCACGCAGCUCAAGAUCUGUAGGGCGGCCCUGGCGGCACGGGCGGCCCGCUUCGUGCCCUGGCAGUUUGGUGUCGACUACGACGUUCUGGGACCCCUGGCGGGCGGCGGCCUGUUCGCCGAGGCGUGCGAAGUGAGGAGCGUGCUCAGGGCGCAGGACGCUGUGCGAUGGACCGUUGUCAGUUGCGGCAUCUUUACCAGCUUCCUGUUCGAGGAGAGCUGGGGGGUUGUCGUGCCUCAAGGGGAGGGCGUCAAGGUCACGGCGCUGGGGAGCUGGGAGGACGGCAUCACGGCCACGACGGCGGAGGAUAUUGCGCGCGUCACAGCCAGACUGGUGCUUGAUCCCGAGGAGGAUGGUGCGUGGAGUGGUGGUGGUCGUGAGGGCGCCGGGCCACCAGUCUACAUCGCGGGUGAUACACUGACGUAUGCAGACCUAGCCGACUUGGUGGGGAGGGUGACGGGGAAGGAGGUGGUGAGGGAGUGUGUGGGCCGGGACGAUCUGAGGAAAACGCUCAAGCAGGACCCUGACAACAAGCUCUACAAAUACCGUGUUGUAUUCGGUGGAGGCUCUGGGCGACACCACCCGUACUAUGCAAUGACGCGCCCAACGAACUUGCGCAUCGCGCGCACACCUCUGGCAGGCCUCACAAUCGGGAAUGCUUGGUCGUCGUGCAUCAACAGCAGCAGGCCGACGGCAAGUCUUACACUCUUCAACUCUCGCCGCAAUGCCUCUUCCACGGCCCCCGCCGCCUCGGCCGUCACCACCAGCGCGGACCACUCGAUGGAUCCCAUCCAAGCAAGAAGGAGCCUGAUUGUCAACCCUCCCGCCACGACCCGUCCACCACCUCUGAACCUCCCCACCCGCGGCGCCGACACCUCCAAGAUCGGCCACCUCAUCGCCACCGGCAAGGCCUAUUUCACCUUUUACAAGACGGGCAUGUCACACAUUGGCAAGAACUACAAGCUCUCCUCGGCCGUCGAGAAACAUGCCCAGCAGGUCCGCGAGGUUGGCCCGGCCGCCACCGAGUUCGCCGCCAGCGAUCCCUCCUCUUCCGACCCGAUCCCACCCCCGCCCGGGUCCCGCGCCGCCGUCAUCCUCCGCGAGCGCCUGCGCCACGACCUGUCCCGCCUGCCCGUGUUCGCCCUCAUCCUCCUGGUCUGCGGCGAGUUCACCCCGCUGGUCGUCAUGCUGCUUCCGCGCGUCGUGCCGCUGCCCUGCCGCAUCCCGCGCCAGGUCGACAAGCUGGACCGGCUAGCCGAGGCGGGUCGCUCCGCCAGCUUUGCCGAGCUGAAGCAGCAGCAGGACGGUAACGAGAAGAGCCCGCUGGACACGGCAGUCGUGUACCGCCACAUAGGCCGCAGCCUGAGCCUGCUGGGCGGGCCCGUCUCCACGGCGAUGCUGCCGUCGCCCAUCCUACAGCGCCGCGUCAAUAUGCGCCUCGCCUUCCUGGCCGACGACGACGCCGUCCUGCGCGCCAAUGGCGCCACGGCCGCCCUGGUGCCUGACGAGGUGCGCCUGGCCUGCAAGGACCGGGGCAUGGACGUGCUUGGCGUCGAUGACGGCGAGCUUGAACGACUGCUGACGAGGUGGCUGGACCUGCUUGCCGGCUGCGAUAGGGAGACUACCUUCAGCAGAAUGCGGCAUUUGCUGGUGACGAGGCCUCAGGACUGGCCACGGUCGUUUUAA